AUGGUCUUCAAACUCGUCAGCGCCACUCCCUCACCCUUUGCGCGCAUCAACCGCAUAGCUAUGCUCGAGAAGGGCAUCCCAUUCGAGCUGCAAACCGAAAUCCCAUGGCAUAAAUCUGAAACCGUCACCCCAAAAUACAACCCUCUAGAAAAACUCCCCAUCCUCUUCGACACCGACGACAGCACCUUCGAGCCCGUCUACGACAGUGCACAUAUCCAGGAAUACAUCGUCCAGAAAUUCGCCUCCCAGGGCCCUAAAUUGCUAACCGGUGAUCUGGACCUCGACCUCAAAGCUCGUCAAAUCCAAGUUUUGGCGGAAGGGGUCAUGGACGCCGGCGUCCUCGAGUUCUUCGAGCUUGCUCGGCCGGAGGGGAGCAGGAGUAAAGAGUGGGCGGAGCGGCAGGCGCGGAAGGUGGAUGGCGGGUUUCGGGCCUUUGAUCAGAUGGUGAAGGAUAGGAAGGGGGAGUGGCUGGUGGGUGAUGGGAAGGUUAUGACGAUAGCGGAUAUCGCUGUUGUUUGCGCGGUUGGGUUCUUGGAUUUCCAGGGCGCGAGGAAGGAGUGGAAGGGGAAGUAUCCGGAGUUGGUGAAGUGGUUUGAGGGGGUUGAUGAGAGGGAGAGUUUUAGGGGGACGAGGCCGGUCAUGUUUGAUAUUCAGGUGAAGAGUGUUAUUUAG